ACUGCUUUUCCCUAGUAACUGCUUGUUGCUAGCAACGCGGCGGCGGUCUGGCGGCGGUCCCCGCGGAGCUGCCUGGGGAGACACCGCUAUGAAUCCGCCCGGACCCCUGGGGGACCUGGAGGAGACAGAGGAGGAGCAUUUAUCCGCUUCGAUUCUCCGGCCCUCGGUCCAUUCUGAUAACCCUCAGGAGCGGAUCCAGGCCCGGCGUCUCCGCAUAGCGGCGCGCCUGGAAGCCCGGAGGCGGGAAGCGCUUGGAGACUAUUUAGAUGGAAAGAAAGAGAGUGAGGAAGAUCAAAGCAAGAGCUAUAAACAGAAAGAAGAAAGCAGACUGAAAUUGGCUAAACUGCUGCUGUGUGGCACUGAGUUGGUGACAAAUAUCCAGGUGGCUGCAGAUAUCAGAGAGACUCACAGGAGAGUAGAAGAAGAGGAGAUAAAGCGUCAGAGGCUUGAAAAGCUGGAGAAUGAAGUCAAGACCAGCCAGGACAAAUUUGAUGAAAUCAGCGCCAAGUGGGAGGAGGGCAAACAGAAGAGAAUUCCCCAGGAGCUGUGGGAAAUGCUCAACACCCAGCAGGUGCAGUGUGCUGGGCUGAUAGAAGAUAAGAACAAGCUUAUCAGCGACUUACAGCAGGAGUUAAAAACAAAGGAUGACCAAUAUGUGAAGGACUUGAAGAAACAGUCAGAUGACAUCUGCUUGCUCCUGGAUAGGAUGGAAGAACAAGUGAAGAAUGUAAUGAAAACCUUUCGUCAGGAGCUCCAUCACAUUGAGAAAGCAUUUGAGGUGGAACGGCAGGAGCUCCUGAACAGUAAUAAGAAGAAAUGGGAGUGGGCGCUGCAGGCUCACAACACCAAAGAGCUGGAGUAUCUUAUGAACCUCAUCAAGAAAGUAGAGGACUAUGAGAAGCAGCUGAACAAGCAGAGGAUAUGGGAUUGUGAAGAGUACAGCUUGAUUAAGAUCAAGCUGGAGCAGGAUGUGCAGGUUCUUGAGCAACAGCUUCAGCAAAUGAAAGCAACUUAUCUGCUAAACCAAGAGAAAUUAGAGUACAACUACCAGGUGCUGAAGAAGAGAGAUGAAGAAAGCACAGUGAUUAAGUCCCAGCAGAAAAGGAAGAUCAAUCGCCUGCAUGAUAUACUUAUCAAUCUGAGAUCAAAAUAUGCCAAGCAGGUAAAGCAGUUUCAAGAGGAGAACCAGUCACUAACCUCAGACUACAAACGCCUUGUGAUGCAAUUCAAGGAGGUCCAGAAAGCCAUGAGGCAUUUUGCUCUUGCUGAUGAUGAGAAGUUUCAGGAGAUUUGGCUGAUGAACGAAGAGGAAGUGAAGGAUCUGAUCAAGAGAGGCUUUGAUGUGGACCGGAUCAUCCAUACCCAUCACCUGGGGCUCCCCUGGACUGCACCUGAUUUCUGGUUCCUGAAAAAUGUGGGGCCUCUGUGCCAACAGCAGCAGAAGUCCGCCUCACAAAUUUUAGAAGAGCUGCUGAUGCAAACAGAAGAGGAGGGGGCAGAAGAGACCGCCUCGGAUCCAGCGUCUUACCUGGACCUGCCAAAGCAAAUUUCAGCAGAAACUACCAGAAAGAUCCUUAUGCUCCUGUGUGACGAGUCGGGUUUCCUCAUAGAGAGCAAGCUGCUGAGCCUUCUCCUUCCACUGGAGAAGAACGAAUGCUAUUUGCUGAGGUUGGACGCCAUCUUCUCAGCCCUUGGAAUUGAAAGUGAGGAUGACUUGUAUAAACUGGUGAAUUUCUUCCUCAAAUACCGAGCUCAUCAUCAUUCACCCUCGAGCCAGGAGCAAAAGAGCCUGACACCAGCAUUGGAGCCAGCAAAGCAGCUAGACCUCGGAGGAGAGAAGGAAGAAAGCCUUGUGGAAAGGGAGCCGGAAGAGAAGGAGGCCCCUGCUUCUCCCAGGCUCAUCCACCCCAAUGCUGUCCUCAAGAUUCUGGGGGCCUUUGUCAUGGGUCUGAAGAAGCCCAGGGACUCUCGGCCACCAGUGAAAUUGCGGAAGGAGGUGCGUGAUAACUCCCAGGACUCCGAGUACUGGCAGGCCCUGGCCACGGUGAUCCCUCCCUCCACGCUGAACCUCUGGGAUUCUCUGUACACAGCCUUGGAGAAAUACCACCUCAUCCUGACCCAGAGGGCCAAGCUGCUGAUAGAAAACAAUUCUCUGGAGCAGCAGAACACAGAGCUCCAGCUGCUGUUGAAGCAGUAUCUAACUUCCAAGAUAAACUCUGAACUGCAAGUUCCUCCGACUGAGGUGUUGCGGAUCCCCAUAAAAUCGAAACAGACCUGAAAUGGCUGCUGUGUUAGGGCGGACACGUGUUGGCAUUGGUGCCAGAGCCGGCAUGUAUAACCUGGGAGCUGCAGGCCCCACUCUGCAUUUUCCAGAGCUGCCAUUGUAGGGCCUGUCCAAAUAGGGGGACAAGAGGAGUUACCUGUAUCCUGCA